AUGUGUGUUUCUCGUCUCAACUUUGGGGCGCCUCCUUUGGCUAUUCAGAAAGCCGAGUAUCGCCUCGGCGACUAUUUUCCUAUGUGCAAAAUUGGAUCCAGUCUGGUGACACUGUCGGUACCUGCUGAAAUUCUGCGAUUUGCCGCGAUAAUUUCAAUCUUCCUACUAUCAUUCAUUGAGCAUAAGAAAAGUCUAAGACCGUCUGUGCUACUAGGAUGCUUUCUCAGUUUAACUCUCCUGCUCGAUAUCGUAAGAACUCGUACUAUCUGGCUUCUGAGUAGAAACAAUGUCAGUUCUACUUCCACUCUCGCUGGAGUGGUUAUUACGACAACAGUUUUCAAAGGCAUGGUCCUUAUCUUUGAAGCACAACAUAAGGCCUACCCUCAAAAAUGGAAAGAGAGCCACAGUCCCGAGGAGACAAGUGGUAUUUUUAGCUUGUCUACCUAUACAUGGGUAGAUCAGUUGCUUCUCUCAGGCUUCCGGUCUAUUCUCUCCAUAGGUGACCUGUAUGCGCUCGACCAAACUAUGUCUGCAUCGACUUUACAGACAAAGAUUCACCAUAUCGGCUCCAAGACGCUUGCUAGUUCACCUGCCAAACCUCUCAGCCGGCAAAUGUUGAAAACUUUGAUGGGCCCCCUAUUGUUACCAGUACUCCCCAGGAUAGCCAUCAUCGGUUUCACAUUCUGCCAGCCGUUUCUGAUCAAAACGAUUCUCACAUAUCUGGAGUCUCCCAGUGAACCAAAACACGGCUAUGGGUUGAUUGGCGCUACUAUUAUUGUCUAUACCGGCAUAGCAAUCUCUAACGCACUCUACUUCUACUGGCAAGAGAGGUUUACCUGCAUGGUGCGAGGCCUACUCUUCACUGCUGUUUAUGAGAAGACUAUCUCGUUGCACACCGCCGUGGCCAACGACUCGGCAGCACUGACGCUGAUGAACAGCGAUAUUGAGCGCAUUAAAAUGGGUUUGAUGCCUAUUCACGAAUAUUGGGCCAACGCCAUUGAAGUGAUCCUCGCUUCUUGGCUUCUUGAGCGUCAACUUAGCGCUGCUUUCGCUGCCCCUAUCGUUGUUGUCGUUCUCUGCAUCGUGGUUUCUGGUGGAGUGGCUUCAAUCACAGGUCGUCGCCAGGUUGCUUGGAUGAAGACUAUUGAAGUGCGCGUAGCUGCAACUGCUACCGUCAUCUCAAACAUGAAGUCACUCCGAAUCUCAGGCAUGCUUAACGCCGUCGAGAAGCUUAUCCAGGGGCUGCGUGAGCACGAGCUUAUGAUUGGAGGCAAGUGGCGUUUGAUGCUUGUUGUAGCCGUCACUCUCUCGUUUACGCCUACCACAAUUGGUCCCCUGAUGGCUUUCGCUGUGACAUCAAGGUCCCUGGAAGUCACCCGCAUCUUUCCAUCUCUGGCGUUUAUGACUUUGGUGGCUGGGCCUCUUUCAAGCCUGUUCCAAAACAUCCCUGCCCUGAUGUCGGCGAUAGCCUGCUUGGGCCGGAUCGACGCGUAUGUGAACCAAGACAGUCGCGAGGAUCCCCGAUUGAUGUUCCAACAGGAUUCAUCCAUAGCAGAGAAGGGGGAUACCCCUAAGGCUUUACCCGCCGUGGAAGUAAAGGGAGGGGAGUUUGGGUGGACUGCAGACAAGCCUGUAUUGAGGGACAUCAACAUGAAAGUGUUUGCAUCUUCUCUCACAAUCAUUUCAGGCCCAGUUGCCUCGGGAAAAUCUACUCUUCUCAAAGCGCUACUCGGCGAAACGACAUUUUCGUCCGGAGUCAUUACUCUUAGUUCCACUUUCCGGAAGAUAGGCUACUGCGACCAGACACCUUUCUUGUUCAAUGACAGCAUACGAGGUAAUAUCAUCGGCCAUGCUCCCUUCGACGCAGCCAGAUACCAGCAAGUUCUGCACUCCACCGCUCUGGAAGCUGAUCUAAGACAACUGCCAAUGGGUGACCGUACUGCCAUCGGAGGCAAUGGUGUCUCACUCAGCGGUGGACAGAAACAGCGUCUGGCACUAGCACGAGCUCUAUACCUCGAUGCAGACCUCUAUCUUCUUGACGAUAUCAUGAGCGGCCUCGAUGCUUCCACAUCAGCUCUAGUCUUUCAGAGAACGAUGGGGCAUAACGGACUUCUUACUCGCAGAAAUGCGACAGUAGUUCUAUGUACCCAUGAUGAGCAGUGCCUUAAGUCUGCUGAUAGCGUGUUCACUAUCAACGAUGGCACCGUUGAAGAAGUCAUCGUUGAGGGUCACCUGAAGAGUGGUAUGAAAGCCACAAAGUACGAAUCAUUGCUAAACGGAGAUGCUGAGGCGGCUGUUGAACCCGAAUCCAAGGCCGGUGUGCCAACCAGCUCUGAAGAUAUCCCCGCUACGACCCAACAAGAUCAAGCACGUCAACUAGGAGACUUCUCAGUCUACCGACACUAUUUCUCCGCCAUGGCAAACUGGGUCAUCUUCAUGCUUGUACUAUCAUGCUGCUGUUAUGGUUUUACCUCCAGCUUCCCCACGAUAUGGCUCAAGUAUUGGUCUGCCGAUAUCGUCCGCCCGAAUCCCUCCCAAUCAGGUUCUUUCUAUGUUGGCAUUUACGCGCUUCUCCAAACGUCCUGUUUGUUAUCUCUGUCGGGUGUGGUUCUUCUUUGCACACAGUCCAUGAUAUCCCAGUCGGGUUCAAUACUACAUCAUAGAGCGCUACAGACUGUUGUCGGCGCGCCACUACGCUUUUUCAGUGUCGUUGAUGCCGGAACUGUGACAAACCACUUCGCGCAAGACUUGACUCUGAUCGAUAGUGAGCUGCCACUGUCACUUGUAAACUUUGCAUUGUCACUAUUCUCUUUACUGGGCAUGGCUGCUGUUAUCGCCACAGCGUCGCCGUGGUUGGCUGUUUCUUAUCCCUUUUUGAUCGGUGUCGUCUACUACAUACAAUUGUUCUACCUUCGAACAUCUAGACAGCUUCGACUCUUGGACCUGGAUAGCAAAGCCCCUCUUUAG